AUGUCCAGGGCACCGAACACACUAUUUCCUGGCGUUGCGCUUGUCACUGGAGCUUCAUCUGGUAUUGGUCGCCAAGUCGCUAUUUCUUUUGCCGCAGAAGGAUGUCUCAAGCUUGCGCUAUUGGACAAAGACGGGAAAGGCUUAGGAGAAACAGACAAUGUCAUCAAGUCUGUGGCUAAAGAUGCAGAAGUGCACCUCUUCGAGUCGGACAAUCUUAAUACAGAUCAGAUACUCAAGAACAUGAGCCUUGUAAUUGACCGAUUCGGCCGUAUCGACUACGCUGUCAAUUGCGCUGGCAUCUACGGACCUACCAAUCCAAGACCCCAGUACGCGAAACAUCAAAUUCGUGUCAAUUGCGUGUGCCCUGGAGUGAUCGAAACGCCUAUGACGGCUAAUGUCCCAGAAAACGACCCUGCUGUGCAGACUGCGGCUAUGAGAAGAAAGGGCACGCCUCAAGAAGUAGCAGACGCUGUCUUGUUCCUCUCCAGUUCAAAGGCCUCCUUCAUCCAAGGCACUGCAUUGUCUGUAGAUGGCGGAUACACCAUCAGCUAA